UUUAACUGUUUGAACUUUCACUUUUAAUCUUAGGCUACUUUCAUAAAUGUAGGCUACUGCUGGUAAGUUUAGGAUACCACAGGUUCUUUGUACUGCAAUUCACUUGUAUGGUGCAGUGACAACCAGACUACAUUCCUAUAUACAGUUUACAGUAACAAAUAAACUGGAGUCCUAUAAUAGAGGCAGUAGGACUACUGUAUAUUAGCUUUGACCAGUAGUAGCUUAUCACAGUUAUAUCGAUAUCUAUGUAAAUGUUGGCUGAUGCAUAACAAGAAAUUGCAAUACAGACAUGAUUGUACUGUACUGACAGGUUUCAUUUUCAACUGUAAAAUGUCCCACUCAGUGCAUGUCUUAUCAUAUCAUAUCUCACAAUUUUUUAAAAGCCAAAUUUAAAGGAUCCUUAGUAUUUUAUGUCUUUUAUUGGUGAGACAUAAUACAACAGGUGAACAUUUACACAGAACACAACAGAAGACAUUUAAAUUGACACGAUAACAUUCAUGAGAUCUUUGUAUUUGCUAAUGUAAAGUUCAAAAAUGAAUAUCGGACAAUAGUGUUAUCAGAUUUUUUUAAACUUUCAAAUAUCAAUAUGGUAUUGCCCUAAAAAUCCUGUAUCUUUUGCACUAUAUGGUAUAUACAUACCGUAGAAGUCCAGUUGAUGUUUACAUUCAGUAUAUUUUCACACCUACUUGCCUGUACAAAUGGCAACAGUAUGUGUUUAUGUUUAUUUGUAUCUUUCUGUCCUCCACAAUGUGUUUGGGCAAAGUGAGAUACAAACAUUCAUAUUCCUUGGCCAAGAAGGUUGAUUCUGGGUUAAAGUAUCAUUUCAUCGCCAUUAUUUCAGUUUUCAACACUAGCUUUAGAGGUAGGAUGUGCUUUUCCAUUUAACAUAAAUUGGCUUUUAUAGUCAUUUGUGUAGGACUAUAUAUAUUUCUUGGGGUAGACAUUUGUGAAAUGCACCUGCUUAUUGCUCCAUUCUUACUGAAAAUAGCCUAGUUCUUUGCUCCCAGUAUUUUAAUAUAUAGUCAAGAACUGUGAACAAGCUUGUUCCAUGUGAAAAGCAGACCAGGAAACUGGUAUGUUUUUUUCUCUUUUGAGUGAGACCUCUUCUCAUUACAUUAGCUUUGGUCUCAAGCCCCUUGUUGGCUAUUACAUGGUACUUAAGUUGCACUUUAUUGCUUGAUAUAUUGUAUUUGUAAUUUUUCAAUAAAGUUCUUUUUAAAAAAAGAAAAAAGAAAAGAAAAGCAUCAUUUGCAGGCUCCAACAAAGCAGUUGUUUGUGAAUCCCCCUAAUAACUGCAGAAACUGUAUUACCAGCCUAGAACUUGACACCAGUCCUGUAAGCAAUGUACAGACUCAAAGUAAAGGAACUAUUUCCCAAUUAAUGUGUAAAUAAUUGUAAUUUAAUUUGUUCUUUGGGCAUUUAACAGCAUGUUCCAUACUUCGAUGCCAGUGUUUGUUCUUCCAGCAAUGUCAGCUGCUAACCAUUCUGCUAGUUCAUUACCUUGAACUCAGCCACGCCAAAAACAUUCCUAAACUAAUUUAGCUGGUGGAACCAUUUGACUGGUUUUAUUGGGGUCUAUAAACUUUAUAGUGUCUGCCCGAACCUUCUGUAAUUAUUCCCCUGGACUUGAUCUAGGUUCCAGUGUAUAAAAGCCUUGUAACUAUUGAUCAGUUGCUCAGUGUACUUUACAUGAUCAUCAUUUAAAACAAUGACGACAAGUGUUUUGCGCAAUACAUCACAUGCUGUUUAUGUGUUUGAGCGUAUAAAAUGUUUGUCUUGCAAUAAUAAAGAUUAUAAGUUGCAUUAAUGAACAACGUCUGCAGAACUCUGGACUCUUACUGUAUUUCAGAAUACUCUUUAUUUGAUAUAUAAUAAUCUUAUAGGGGCUGUUAUAGUUUCAUGUUAUAGCCUGCAUAUCAAAGCAUUGUGCAAUGUUAAUACAGGACAUCAUCUGUCAACAUUUGCAUCACAUCACUGCAUGAAGACAGACUUCCUAUAGAUUGCAAUAGACAAGGACCGACAGAUGAGACUCCUGGCUGAUCCCAGGCCUGCUAAAUACAUGCAAGCGGACGUGCGACGCAUAGGCUAGACGCUGCUGUGUGAGAUCCACCGAGAGACCCGUAGCCUACUGACGCUCCCACCUCUGUGAGCUUCCCACCUCCGCUCCUGCUUUCACAAACACGUUUGCUUUUGUAUAUUUUAGUAACAUUGUAGCCGGCGUUGAUGAGGCUGGGGAUGCGUAAUUGCGCCAUGCUUCCGCGCAGCACUGUCUGUUUUUUGAUUCCUCAAGACGAAGAACGGGGGACCUCCGCCAUCGGUGGAAAUUGAGAUGUGUUUUCUGAGCCGCUCGUCUGCCGAACGGAUGCCUUCCGAGAUGGUGUAUAAACCCAAACCAGGCUGUCUCUGUUCAGCAGAGGAUGGAACAACGGACACGGGUGUUUUUUAAUACCGGACACUUGUGAGAUGAAGGAUAAGAAGAAAAAAAGAAGAGAUAUUGAAUGAUUUUUGUUUGUUUUGGUGGGGAUAACAGCACAUCGGGAUGGAUGUUGAGCGAAUGCUUCUGAGUGGAUUUAUUCCUGAGUGAUUAUUCUGUGAAAGGGGCGGCGGAUCGUGUUUUUUUGUUUUCCAUUCAGCCGUGGCGGGAUACUACCGAUCGUCGAUGAAUUGAUGUGGGAAUACACACUACCUCGGCUGCAUAGAUGGCAAACACAAGUGAGUUUGGGGAGAGCAGCCCGUCCUUACAGAACUAUGCGUCCGCGGCCUCUGCGGUCAAGCUGGCCUCUCUGGGUCUGAUCAUGGGCAUCAGCCUGCUGGGCAACGCGUCGCUGUCGCUACUGCUGUUGAAGGACAGCUCGCUGCACAAGGCUCCCUACUAUUUCCUCCUGGAUCUGUGCCUGGCAGACGUGGUCCGCUCCGCCGUGUGUUUCCCCUUCGUGAUGGCAUCGAUCGGCAGCGGCUCCUCUUGGCCGUACAGUGCGCUCAGCUGCAAGAUCGUCGCCUUCAUGUCCGUGCUCUUCUGCUUCCACGUCGCCUUCCUGCUCUUCUGCGUCAGCGUCACCCGGUACAUGGCGAUCGCCCACCACAGGUUUUAUUCGAAGCGGAUGAAUCUGUGUACGUGCGUGGCGGUGAUCUGCAUGGUGUGGACCCUCUCCGUGGCCAUGGCUUUCCCCCCGGUGUUCGACGUGGGUACCUACAAGUUCAUCCGUGAGGAGGAGCAGUGCAUCUUCGAGCACCGCUACGUGAAGGCGAACGACACGCUGGGCUUCAUGCUGAUGCUGGCCGUCAUCGUGGGGACGACCCAUGUGGUUUACAUAAAGAUGCUGUGCUUCGUCUACGAUCACCGUAAAAUGAAGCCUGCCCAGCUGGUCCCGGCCAUCAGCCAGAACUGGACCUUCCACGGCCCCGGAGCCACCGGGCAGGCAGCCGCCAACUGGAUCGCCGGCUUCGGCCGCGGACCCACCCCGCCGACGCUGGUGGGUAUCAGGCAAGCGUCUCACCCCGGCAACAGGAGGCUGCUGGUGCUGGAUGAGUUUAAGAUGGAGAAACGGAUCGGGAAGAUGUACUAUAUGAUCACACUGACCUUCCUCAUCCUGUGGGCUCCUUAUAUAAGCGCCUGCUACCUGAGAAUAUUUGUGCGGGGGGCUGCGGUCCCACAGCUCUACCUGAGCGCUGCGGUGUGGAUGAGCUUCGCCCAGGCGGGAGCGAACCCCAUCAUCAGCUUCCUGUUCAACAAGGAGCUCCGGAUGCGCCUCAGAGCCUGUUUCCCCUGCUGCCUGGGAACACAGACACCCAUGGAGCCAUACUGUGUCAUCUGAACGCUCCUGACCCCAACAUAUAUAUACUGUAUACUGCCAAAGACACACUUACAUCUUGUUUCAGAAGAGACUGGGCCCCAAAAUGUGUUUGUACACGCAGUCAGGGAUGUUCAGAUCACUUUCUUUGUGACAAACAGUUUACCCACUACUUUAAUUUGACAAAAACCUUAGACUACUAUGAUGUAAAUUCAUACUAUAUUUUGCUUAUCAGAAUCAGACUGGUUGAAGCUAUAUGAGGCAUAUUAAGGGAUGGAAGCAUAAUGUGAUGAUUUUAUUUAAAAAAAAAAAAAACAACAACAACUGGGCAUCAGAUGUCAUGAUUAAGCCACAUUUUAAUUUACACCUCUGCAUGUGUAGGCUAGAUGACAUUCACUCCAAAUAUAGAAUUUACUUGUCACUUUAUGUCCUACCUUUGGAGACUUUUUUUCCUUAUGCCCUGUUGAGUAUAUUAACCUUUUUGGUCCGCUACAAUAUUGUACAUGAAUGUCAUUUUGGCUAUUUGUUUGUAUAUUUUAAAAUUAUAUUCCAACACAUCCGUUUAAGGUUGUUUGCCUUCUGCAGAACUGAUGACUGAAACAAAACACAACUAUUUUGUCAGCUGAUGAGAGUCAUCGUCUCUGGCAUCUGAGACACACUUGCUUACUAAACGUUUGGAUACCACAAAUGAGAUGCACAUCUCAGUAUAUUUUUAGUGAGGACAAUGUCACAUUUGUAAAUACUGUACAGCUUUACUCCUCCUCCCCUUCUGCUUUUUUAACCAGAUAUAUUGUAUAUUUCAUAAUCUCUUAGAAUGCUUUGUGUUUACCAAGGUGUUAUCACUCACUUUAAAGGUAUUUUGCAAAUUCUUAUUCUUCAUGGAUCAGUUGUGUUGAGAAAUGGGUCGAUCCACAUUCCCUGCAGGAUAAACAGAUAUUCUUUUUCUACGGUUAUGGACAGUUUGGUGCUUUGGAAAGGAUGUUUGCAUUGUUUGUAUUUCUUAGCAAAUAAAUAAGA